GUCCAAUACCCGUACAUUAAUUCGGUGUUUGUAACCUCGCCUCGAGUUACUUUUCUGCUCCUCUGCCCCUUCAUGCCAGCCCCACGUUUGAAACAAAACAAAAACCCCCAGGCCCACAAGCACCCUUGAACUUCCGGUGCUCGUGCCUGAUAAAAUCACUCUCCGAUUCCCUUCGCACCUCUUCGGUUCACCGCACGAGAGAAGAUCAUUGAAAGUGCAUCAUGUCUUCUUCGCAAAAGACAGCAAUCCUUUCCGUCUAUAACAAGACCGGACUAUUGGAUCUCGCCAACGGCCUGGCCCUGCAAGGGAUUAGACUUUUGGCAUCCGGGGGCACAGCCAAGUUGAUUAGGGAGGCCGGAAUUGGGGUUGAGGAUGUGAGCAGCAUUACCCAUGCCCCGGAAAUGCUUGCCGGAAGGGUUAAGACUCUUCACCCCGCUGUCCAUGCAGGUAUUCUUGCGCGGGACCUCGAGUCCGACGAGAAGGACCUUGCGGAGCAAAACAUCGAUAAGGUCGACUACGUCGUCUGCAAUUUGUACCCCUUCAAAGACACAAUUGCCAAGGUUAACGUUACAAUUGCGGAGGCCAUUGAGGAGAUCGAUAUUGGUGGUGUAACGCUCUUGCGUGCCGCGGCCAAGAACCACUCCCGUGUCACAAUCCUUUCGGACCCAGCCGACUACCCUUCCUUCUUGGAGGAGCUGCGGAGUGGCGAGGUUUCGGAGGCUUCUAGAAAACUGUAUGCCUUGAAAGCCUUUGAGCAUACUGCCGAUUAUGACGCCACAAUUGCCGAGUUCUUCCGUAAGAGAUAUGCCGGGGACGGCGUCCAGCACCUUACCCUCAGAUACGGAGCCAACCCGCACCAGAAGCCUGCUCAGGCUUUCGUUGAGUCUGGUAAAAUACCCUUCAAAGUUCUUUCCGGAUCUCCUGGAUAUAUCAACCUUCUCGACGCUUUGAACUCCUGGCCACUUGUCAAGGAGCUAAAGGAGUCUCUUGAUCUUCCGGCCGCUGCUUCUUUCAAGCACGUCUCCCCUGCUGGUGCCGCCGGACUUGAUGAUAGCCCUCUUGCUUGUGCAUAUGCUAGGGCCCGUGGUGCCGACAGAAUGAGCAGUUUCGGGGACUGGAUUGCUCUUAGUGACGAGGUCGACGCCGUUACUGCCAGAAUCAUUGGUAGAGAGGUCUCUGAUGGUGUCAUUGCGCCUGCUUAUACCCCUGGGGCUACACUGUUCUUCAGAUUGAUCCCAACCAUGAGCCCCCAAGCCUUGAAACCCGCCAACUCAGACUACAAACUCCCGCCCCAGGCUUUGAUUGACCUGACCGUUGCCACAAUUGCACUUAAGUAUACACAGUCUAAUUCUGUGUGCUAUGCUAAGAAUGGCCAGAUUGUUGGUCUCGGUGCUGGCCAGCAGUCCCGAAUUCACUGCACUAGACUUGCCGGUGACAAGGCGGACAAUUGGUGGUUCAGGCAACACCCCCGUGUCCUUGACUUCAAGUGGAAAAAGGGUACCAAGAGACCCGACAAGAGCAAUGCCAUCGAUCUAUUCGUUUCCGGCCUGGUUCCCAAGAAGGUCGAGGGCGACCCGGAGCGGGAGCAGUAUGAGAGUGUCUUUGAGGAGGUCCCUACUGAUUUUACACCGGAGGAGAGGGAAGAAUGGAUCAAACAGUGCACCAAUGUCUCUGUGUCUAGUGACGCUUUCUUUCCCUUUACCGACAACGUCUUUAGAGCCCAUAGGUCGGGAGUCAAGUACCUUGCUGCCCCAGGUGGCUCUGUAAUGGACCAAGCUGUUCACGAAGCUGCCGAUAAAUGCGGCAUGGUGUUUGUACACCAGGAGACCCGAUUGUUCCACCAUUAAGUUUGUGGGUUCGGAAACGGGACUUGAGUCCCGGGGUGAUGAUUAUGAUGGUCGGGCUAGGUCUUGGGAAUUUGGGCGAACACGGGGGGCGGGACUAUAUUCAUUCAAUAAACUGGGAUUUUGAACAUAGAUGUACGCGUGAUAUCGUUAAGUGGAGAAGCUUUUACGUUGUUAUAAUAUUAUACUCGAGUGGUGUUUCGGGGAGGUUGAAAGUG